ACGAGGGGGCGCCGCUGCUCCAGAGACAGAACAAUAAGGAGGAGACUUCAGCUCUGGGUUGUUGACAGCUCGAGUGGACAGUCGGACUUCAAGAGGUUUCUUUUCGAAAGUCGAAAGUUUCUUUUUUUCUCUUAAUUUUACGGAAUCUACGAAAAUAAAAUCAGAAAAGGAUCAGAGAGAAUCCGUUGUCGAAGGUCCCGCGGUAUGGUUGUUGUCCCGCCGCUCACUAACUUCUUUUUGGGCUUUCUCUGGAUUUAACGAACCGCUGGCGACGACAUGGAGACGAACGCAGCGACGGUCACCGAGCCUGAGCUCCGUUUGUGGACAAGAACCGUCCUGAUCGUCGUCUUCUGUCUGGAAGCAGCUGGAUGCGUGCUGAUGCCCCCUCAGAAUGUCACUGUUUAUGGCUCCCAGCUGACGUGGGCGCCGGGCUCCGGGGACGGCGAGGUCUUGUACACGGUUGAAUAUCAAAGACAUGCCAGCAAAUCAUGGCAGCAGGUGCUGGCGUGCACGCUGACGCCUCACACUUCCUGUGACUUUUCGUCUGCCAAAGCCGAAGCUGAACACGGUUGCGUUGCGCUGCACGUGCGCGCCCAUGAGCACGGCGUCUCAUCGGCUGCAGUUCCGGCCUGCAGCUCACAAGGAGGCCCCUGUUCUCCAGAGGUCACUCUGACUGCAGCGCCCGGCGCCAUCAUGGUCAAUCUGAACAAGAAACACAACCUGCACGACGAGUACGCUGACAGCGCUUGUUAUCGGAUCUCCUUUGGAAAAGAAGGAGAGAAGCUGAAUGUGACUGUAGACACGUUGUCCUCGGAAACCUUCAGUAACCUGGAGGAGGGCCAGCGCUACUGUGCGGCAGUGGAGUUCAUGCUGUACGGGAAACCCAUCGGCGUGCCGAGCUGUGUCCGCUGUGAGCUCAUCCCGUCUCAGAGUACUACAAAGAAGACGGUGAUCAUCACCUCCGUGGUGGUGGGGGUCAUUGUCCUGGUCAUCGUUCCGGUCAUCUUCUACCUGCUGACCUUCCAGCGCACAAAGAUCAAGAAGCUGCUGAAGCCGUACGAGAUCGUAAAUCUGCUUCCAGAUCUUCCUGCCCAGAGCGAGCACCGCGACCUUCUGCCCCCCCCUUGCGAGGAGCCCUGUGAUGUCAUCUCCAGCAUGGUUCCCGCAGACUCCUCUGGUCUGAGCUGACUUGCUGUGGGACUUAAUGGAGAGGAUCCCGAGGAGAAGGACCCUCUCCGCUUCUCUGAGACACCAGACUGUUCUCCAGAACUCGGAACAGAUCUUUUUUAAGCACUUCAUGUAAAUAUUUGGGAUGUGUUGAGGUUUCUUCAGUCUGUAAUUCGCCCUGAUGUUCCUGCCUCUCCGUGCUCUUGUGGUUGCCAUGGCGAUGGUCCAUAAGGGCAGUGUUACAGGGACUGGUUUGGGGUUCAGCAGGUAGAACUCUGUUCUGAGCUCUAACUGGGUCUUCUGGAGGACCUUCAGUUUCUCUAUUUCAGAUGAAGCUUCAUCAGCUUCAUCUUCUGAAGAUCUGCUGUGACAACAUUUUUAUGUGUAAUAAUUAUGAUGAUCAGUGGAAUUCUUUGAUGUCUGAAUUGAUAUAAAACAGAGGAAUAUCUUA